UUGGUCAGUGGUCACACAACGUGGCUUCACUGAAACAAAAUGGAGGUAGAACGCUUACAGAAUGUGGAUGACAAAGAACUCUCAAAAAGCCACGAAAAUGAAGGAAAAUCACAAACUAUUGGCUGGCAGUCAUUACUCACAUUCACUGUUCUCGCCCUAGCUUGGGUGGGUGGCUUUGCAAGCCGUUUGUUUGCAGUUAUCCGCUUUGAAAGUAUCAUACACGAGUUCGAUCCUUGGUUCAAUUAUAGAGCCACCCACCAUCUGGCAAACAAUGGGUUCUACAACUUUCUCAACUGGUUUGAUGAGAGAGCGUGGUACCCUCUGGGCAGAAUUGUUGGUGGAACAGUCUACCCUGGACUUAUGGUCACUUCAGCAGCCAUUCAUUGGGUCUUGAACACACUUAACAUCACUGUUCAUAUUCGGGAUACCUGUGUCUUUCUUGCUCCAGUCUUCAGUGGGCUUACAGCAAUUGCCACCUACCUGCUCACCAAAGAGCUCUGGAAUGACCGUGCAGGGCUGUUUGCAGCCUGUUUUAUUGCUAUAGUUCCAGGAUACAUUUCUCGGUCUGUGGCGGGCUCUUAUGACAAUGAAGGCAUUGCAAUUUUUGCUCUUCAAUUCACAUACUAUCUAUGGGUCAAAUCAGUUAAGACUGGUUCCAUUUUCUGGGCAAUUUGUACUAGUCUUUCGUAUUUCUACAUGGUGUCAGCUUGGGGUGGAUAUGUGUUCAUAAUCAACCUCAUCCCUCUUCACGUUUUCUUUCUUCUACUUAUGGGGCGUUUUAACAUGAAAAUAUAUGUUUCUUACUCCACGUUCUACAUCACUGCACUCAUCAUGUCAAUGCAAGUACCCUUUGUAGGAUUCCAGCCAAUCAGGACUAGCGAACAUAUGGCUGCUGCAGGGACAUUUGCUUUGCUUCAAGCAUAUGCCUUUCUAAUGUAUGUCAAGGAGAAAGUCUCAUGGUCGGAUAUCAAGAAUCUUGUGGUGUUUGGAGCAGUGGCAUGUGCAGGAUUGGUGUUUGCUUGUGUAGUGGCCCUCACUUAUAUGGGUGUGAUUGCUCCUUGGAGUGGCAGGUUCUACUCUCUCUACGAUACUGGUUAUGCAAAAAUUCACAUCCCCAUAAUUGCGUCGGUCUCAGAGCACCAGCCGACGACGUGGGUAUCCUUCUUUUUUGACCUUCACAUCUUGGUGUGCACCUUCCCUGCAGGCCUGUGGUUUGUCAUCAAAAAGAUCAAUGAUGAGAGAGUGUUUGUUGUCCUGUAUGCAGUCACUGCAGUCUACUUCGCAGGAGUCAUGGUCCGUCUGAUGCUAACACUUACCCCAGUUGUGUGCAUCCUAGCGGCAAUAGCAUUUUCAGUCACUCUGGACAAUUACCUAGUGGAUGACAAGGUACCUGCUGUAAAUGAGGGGGAGCAAGAUGAGGAGAAGAAAGGAGAUAGUGAGGAGGAAGCUGACAAGGGCAAGAAGAAAAAAGAACUUUAUGACAAGGCAGGAAAACAAAAAGGCAAAACAAAGAAGCAGGAAUCGGUAGAAGAGAGUGAAGAUGCCAACGCCAUUGGCACAAACCUCAAAGGCCUUGUUGUGAUGUGUAUUGUGAUGAUGCUGAUGAUGUUUGCUGUCCACUGUACUUGGGUCACUAGUAACGCUUACUCCAGUCCAUCUGUGGUGCUGGCAUCAACCAACUAUGAUGGGAGCAGAAACAUCCUUGAUGACUUUAGAGAGGCAUACUUUUGGCUGAGACAAAACACUGAUGACAAUGCAAGGAUAAUGUCGUGGUGGGAUUAUGGAUACCAGAUAGCAGGGAUGGCUAACCGCACCACCCUAGUAGACAACAACACAUGGAACAACAGUCACAUAGCAUUGGUUGGUAAGGCAAUGUCGUCAAAUGAGACAGCUGCCUAUAAGAUUAUGCGCAUGCUUGAUGUCGACUACAUCCUUGUCAUCUUUGGGGGUGUCAUCGGCUAUUCUGGUGACGACAUCAAUAAGUUCCUGUGGAUGGUCCGUAUUGCAGAGGGCGAACACCCUCAGGAGAUAAAAGAGUCUGACUAUUUCACGCCACAGGGCGAGUUCCGUGUGGAUUCUGCAGGCUCUCCCAUUCUUCUCAACUGUCUGAUGUAUAAAAUGUGCUACUAUCGUUUUGGUGAAAUGCAGUUGGAUUUCCGCACCCCAUCAGGGUUUGACCGAACUCGCAAUGUAGAGAUCGGAAACAAGAACUUCAAACUCGAGCAUAUAGAGGAAGCGUUCACUUCCGAACAUUGGCUAGUUAGGAUUUACAAGGUUAAGGAUUUAGUGAAUAGAGAAAAGAGUACGAAACCGAAGAGAAUAACCAACAUCAAGCCGUCUCGUUACAUCCCCAGGAAGACGAGUAGGAAGGGCUACAUCAAGAACAAGCUGGCAUUCUCUCAAGGCAAACGCGUCUCAAAGAAAGGCAAGAAAAAGUCGAAAACAAGAAGAUCCAAGAGCUCUUAAGGAAGCGGCCCAGGAAGCUAGGACAUAUAUAAAGCAAUUGGGAAAUUCACCCCGGAAAAUGGCAAUAUAAUCAACAACCACCGAAUACUUUUUUUGUGCUUUAUCGGCAAGGCUUUUUAAUCGUCAAACCAACCGUGAUGCCAGCGAGAUAUGGUAUACAUAGCCAGGGGAACAGACCUUUUGGUUUCCGACUCGUUUGAAAAGGGGAGGGACACAUUUUUUUUCCUGCUCCGGUUUUUAUGGUUUAUGUUUAUGUUUAUUAUGUUCAGCUUGUCUUUUUUUUUUUUUGCGAAAUUCUUUUCAAUGGUAAAGCACGCGUCAGGUAUCAAAAGGUCUGUCCCUUAUAAUCUAAAAGUGUAGACAUCCCCUUAUAAUCUAUAGACUUUAGACGUUUGAUUUUUGAAAUAACACUUCACGACAACAGCUAUCACAGAAGUCUUCACCUAAAAACAUUAUGCCCUGGAAUACUGUGGUACUGGCUUAGCGGUAGCACCCCUCUGACCUUCAGACGGUGGUAUUUUUACAUUGGUUGAUGCAGGCGGAAGGAUAAACAAGCAAAUGAAAAGGGCGGAUUAUACUAAAAUGUUUAAAAAAUGGGGAGUUGCUAGCCACCCAACCACUCCCCCCCCCCCUUCGCGGAUCCGCCCUUGUUAUAUAAGUGGCCUUCUUCCUGCAUAGAUCAAACUUCUCUCAUACACUGGUUUGUACCCUCUAUUAAGUGGCCAUCUUUAUUAGGUGUUUAUGAGUAUGUUUCGAAUAAUGAAUUUUUACAGUAUUUAUUACCUCCAUCAAGCGUCCAAUUAUGUUAUCAGGUGGAGUCUUUUUUUUUUGUGAAAGUGAUAAUAGAUUGAGUACUUAGUGAUUGA